GAUAACCUUUGUUCCUCGUUACUAUAUAUAUUUUGAACCUAGAGGCUCCGUCUGUCUCCUGCAGUACUGACAACAAGCUGUGUAAUCCUCUGUCAUCAGGAACAAUGUUUCCCGCUACACUGCUGCUGGUUGGGAUUGUGGGAGUGGCUGGUUCAACGACGACGCCAACGACGACUAGCGAUGCCGCAUCCGGGAGUCCAGCUCCCACGAUGCCUGCAACGUCAGUAAUGGUCGGCGAUCCUAACUGCAAGGACGACAACCUGACCACCUGCAGCAGCUACGAGCAUGCCUCCUGUACCGGGCCCUACGAGGACUGGGCGAGGGUCCACUGUGCUGCAUCUUGUGGAUUCUGCAUACCCAUCACCUCGCCGUUUGAUUGUGUCGACACGAACCCUCUCUGUAGCAGCAUGAACUCUGAUCUCUGCACCAACUCACUAUAUACUGGAUUCGUAAGAAGCAACUGCCUCAAGUUCUGCGACUGGUGCCCAGGUGGUGUUACAACGACAAAGAUGCCCAAAACAGGUUGUUACGACGAUUUUGAAAACUGUGGUGAGUUCGGGAGAAAAACGUGUGUGGGUUACCCGGAAUGGUCCGACAUCUACUGCAAGAAGUACUGCGGGUUCUGCACGUCCAACACUACAGAUGCUACAAACCCGAUGUCGACAACGACUACACCUGCUCCAACUCCGUCGCACGCCCCAGGGGACUGUUACGACCGGCUCGACUGCAGCGGCUACAACAUCCACACCAGCUGCUGUGGGUCAUACGAGAGCUGGGCCCGCUGGAACUGUGCCGCAACUUGCAAGUUUUGCAAACCGAAGAACACCACACCACGCAUGUGCACUGACAACAGCCCCAUCUGCAGCCAGUACAACAAGGACCUCUGCACCAACCCCAUCUACAGCCACUUCGCCGUCACCGAAUGUGCUGGUUUCUGUAAAAUCUGCCUUGUGCCCGAGUACACUCCACCCUGUGCAGUUGACGCAAACACCACCACAACUCCCGUGAGUACGUCUGUGGUCGUGGAGAGAGGUUGCACCCAGGACGGGGUGUUUCAUCGUGAAGGCGACGGAUGGGACUCCCUCGACUGUGUGAACACCUACCAGUGUGUCGACGCUGCGUCAAAUAACAUCACGUCCCGGCCAUUGAGGUGUGUCCGCGAAGUCCCUAAACACUGCUACUUUGUACUGAAGAUCGGAGCAUGCUGUCCACUGAUCAGAUGCGAAUAUCCAAACAUCAUCCAUGGGGAGAGGACACAGGAGCAUGGAUACAUCCUGGGGUGAACAUUUCAGUUUUUCAUGAAUAAACAGUACUUCCUAUGA